AACACUAUCACAUUGAUAACGAUAAGGCGAUAACUCAGAUUUCAAAAAUGAGAUGUAAUCCACUUAACGCUCAUUUUUCACUGAAGAAAUUGCGGUUUUCGUUACCAUAAUAUAAUCAUUUUAUACAAUGAGUCGUGACCUCACCGCAAGUGAAGUUUCCGUCCCGUUGUCCGAAACCAUUCUGAACGUAGAAACCGUCGUCAAGCUAAUUAAGAAGCUCGGUUUCUUCUUCCUCAUUUAUUUACUCGGCUAUUAUGAAUUUUCCGUCGUUUUGCCCUACGCCCUCCUUACCUUCGUGGUGCUAAACACGAAAUGGCGCAAAGAAACGAAAAACAAAUUUCGGGUGGCUAGAAGCAUCGCUUUGGGAAGCGAGAAAAAUGUCGUGCUAGAAAUCUUCCAAAAUGAGCUUCCCGCCUGGAUAAAAUUUCCCGAAAUUGAGAAAGUCGAAUGGCUCAAUAAUGUGUUCAAAUUAAUUUGGCAACAAAUAAACGAGUACACGCAUGAUUUGGUGCCGAAAGUCCUCGAGCCGGCCAUACAGGGCUACGUUUCGGACUUCAAAUUUAAUAAAGUGAUACUCGGGAAUGUGCCGUUGCGAGUCGAUGGAGUCAAAGUAUACGAUCAGGAGGACAAACGGAAGAUUGUGAUGGACUUGAAUAUUUCGUACGCUGGCGACUGUUAUGUCACGUUUCACACGUUCCGAUUCACAGGCGGUAUUGAAAAAAUCCAGUUCCAUGGCACGGUUCGAGUCGUUCUCACACCGCUAAUUUCGAAAAUGCCCCUCAUUGGUGGCCUGCAAGUCUACUUCAUGGACGAGCCCCACAUCGACUUUGAUUUAAUCAAAGCGACUUCGAUUCUAGACCUCCCGUACGUGCGCAACAAAAUCAAAAACACCACAAUGAAUGUCAUUAACUCAAUGUUCAUGUAUCCCAACGUUUACUCAAUUAACUUGACCGAAGGAAUAAACAUGUCCAAGUUGACCGUUUUCCGCACUGAAGGAAUUUUGAGGGUGCACGUAGUCGAGGCUAAAAACUUAGUAAACAGGGAUUUAAUCGGGAAAUCUGACCCUUACGUAGUGCUCAGCUGCGGCUCAAUUCGGGUCGAGACGCCCGUCGUUGAAAAUUGUCUCAACCCGAAGUGGGAUUUUUGGACGAAUUUUGAAAUUGAGCCGAAUUCGGAGUUAAAAAUUGAAGUUUGGGACAAGGACGAAGGGUCAAAGGACGAUUCAUUGGGACACGCCAAAAUCAACGUGGCCCAAGUUGCUAAAAUUGGUCAAUCGGACAUGCCAAUCGCCUUGCAAGGAGUUACAAAAGGUAGGAUUUAUAUCAGACUGACUUGGCUCUCUUUAAGUUCAAACUACGACGACUUGGAGACUAUAAUGAAAGAAACGGAACUGCUGAGUCCUAAUCUACACACUGCCCUUCUGAUGAUUUACUUGGAAUCGUCCCUAAACUUGCCCAAAUUUUCCAAAACGAGUCCUAAUCCUUACGCUGAACUUGAGGUCGAGAAUGAGACAAAAACGACUGAUCCGGAGCAACAAACUUGCGAGCCUUUGUGGGAAACCGGCUUCACUUUCUUGCUUCGGGACCCAAAAAAGGCUGUUUUAAAUCUAAGAAUUAUCGACGCUGAGAGUAAAAAUAAAAUGGGAGAGGUAUCUUUCCGAGUUGAUCAUUUGAAAAACGAACCUAACAUGGACCUAAAACGCCACACGUUUUUCUUCAAUAAGCCGUUUUCAGAGGCGUCCGUUUGUUGCUCAAUGAAACUACGAGUACUAAAAAAUGACAGUCUUGAAGACGAAAAAGAUGACAGUGAUGCGCCCAAACCACAAAAAAAAUUAGUAAAGCAAGAAUCGAACCUUUCAAUGAUAUCUAAAAAAAGUGUGACGACUGAAAGCGAAGGACUUGCAUCGGAAGACAAUGCAACAAUCAAUUCGUCCUUUGAUUCUGAAGGUGACACUAAUUUGGGAAAAAUCAAACUGUCUUUAUCCUACAGCCAACAGAGGCAAAAACUAAUCGUAGAAGUGCAUGAAGUAGAUUUAGUCCGGAAACGCGCCCAAAUCUACGUCAAACUUUACCUCCAAACCGACAAACAACGCAACCACCGCAAAAAAACAAAAAUCGCCAAAACCAAAGACGCUGUUUUCAACGAAUCCUUCGACUAUUUAAUUUCAAACGCGGACCUCAACUGGACCAACUUACUCGUAAUGGUGAAAACCGACAAAGGCCUGUUGAAGAAAAGCCUCGGCCGAACCGUCAUCUCCCUGCAAGCGUGUGGCAAUUUAACCGAACCGUUCACCGACUGGUUCGACUUGCGCUCAAAACACGGGGAACAUGUGUAUCAUUUGAUCAAAUAAAAUGUUUUGUUUUGAA